UGGUCGCAAGAACAAAUCAAAAUGGAAAAUUCCUUCGACUGGGAGCAAAUUCUGAGCCAGGUUUGGCAAGCAGACAUCAGAAGUAUGAAAGGAGCUGUUUCACUUUCAAAUGCAAGUCGGGUCUCUGGAUGCACUAACUUGUCGGCGUGGAGUGAUAUCGUCAUCAGUAAGUUCAUCGAAGAAUUCACAAACAAGAAAGGGAUAAAUGGGAAAUCAGAGGAGCAGAGCUCAGCAUUGAGACAGAAAGGGAACUGGUUCUUCCAGAAAGAGAUGUACAGUGAUGCGCUAUCAUGCUAUACACAGAGUGUAAUGAUGGCUCCUGAUGAUUGGUCUUCUAUUCCAACGAAUGAUGCCUCUCCAUGUUUAGCGACAGCUCUUGGAAACCGCUCUGCAGCCCUGUAUCAUCUCGGCCACUAUGAGCUUGCCAUGGAAGAUUGCCAGAGGGCCGUUAAUUGUGGAUAUCUGAGGACGUCAUUGUAUAAAGUACUGCAACGGAAGGGACAGUGCCUACUAGCAUUGGGACACCCCAGCCAGGCUACGGAGGCUUUCACAGAAGCAAUCCUGUCGUUAGAUGAAGCAGAUGGCAUGGAUCCAAAGAGAAAAUCUUUGCUGAAGCUGGAUCUGGAUAAACUUGUACACCAGACUUCACAGUCCAGCGAGAACCUACCACCAGUCAUUAACAUAAAUCAGUCAGUGGAAGAAACUCUGACUUGCCCAUCAGACAAUCUCGCCAAUGCAUCCAGAACCUUAGACCUACAGCAUUCUGCAGACCGGGGCAGGUACUUGGUGGCUGAAGUACCAGUGAGUGCAGGAGAACUACUUAUCAAGGAGGUACCGUAUGCCGUGUUGUUAUUACCAGAGUAUCACAGCACACACUGCCAUCAAUGCUGUAGGAAGACAGUCAACCCUGUACCUUGCCCAGACUGUAUAUAUGUCCAGUAUUGUAGUGACCAGUGUCUCCUCACUGCCCAGGAGUUUCACCAUUGGCUGGAGUGUGGUCAUUAUAACAACCUCAAGACACUUGGCACGGAAGCAUGGCUCAGCCUCCGGAUGCUCCUCAAAGCAAAAUGCUGGUGCAGUAUCAAGUCUGUAACACAAGCCUCAACAUCAACGACAAGAAGCAACAGCUGGCAGCACUGUGGUCACGCUUCUUCCACCGAAACCCUCCCCUUGAGUGGAAUGGACAGUGAUAUGAAAGACUCAACCGUUCACAAUGUGCCUCACGUCCAUGACGGUGCCCCACACCUCAAAGGUGUAACCUCAAACAGUGACAGCUCCUCAAACUUCAGUACCACCCACCUCGGUAGAGAGAGCCUGACGGAAUGCUCCUCCUCAUUCGGAGGUGGAGUCAACUCUGUAAGAAUACCCAAAACUGGUGGGUAUAAUGAGGCACCGGGGGUACAGUACCCCGCUCAGGGUACAUGUACCUCUCCCCAGGGUUGUGGUAGAGACGGCUGCUAUCGUAAUGACUACGAGGCUGUGUAUCACCUCAUGCCUCACACUGAGAAUCACACUCCACAAGAACUCUUCAAUAUGACCAUGACAGCCAUCCUGCUGUCUAAGUGCAUCAAAUCACAGCUACAAAGCGUCCCACAAUGGAGGCACUCUGUAGAAUGCAGCACCCAGUGCUGUACACCACGCCGCACCACAGAUGCUGUAUCACCACAGCUUAGUCACAAGACAAAACAAGACAUUGCAAAUCACACACAGCCAGAGUUGUGUGAAAACGCCAUGGGAGUCGAGUCAGGCAUCGACCAACCACUAGAAACACAGGAUGUACAUUUUGGGUGUGGCUCGAGAUUUGACUCGAGCUUGGAACAGAUGGACAAUUCUAAGAACUGCUGCUGCUCGCCUGUUGAUGAAGUUGUCGCUGUGCUUCUGCUGCGGCACAUACAGCAACUGAAGUGCAAUGCUCACGCUGUGACAGCAAUCCACACCUCAGCCAAUGAAAAUCCUCUCAACAACCGACAUUCAAGGUCACCCACUUCUAACAACUUUGACAGUACGGCUCUGAUGGGUCAGAGGAUAAAGGACGACACACCAGUAGACACAAGGGUGGACAGACAGGGUUCUAAUUCCAUAGACCCAGUGGUUGACACCACCAGACAAGUCCGAGUAGCUACUGCAGUGUACCCUACUGCCAGUCUGCUCAACCAUGCAUGUGAACCCAACAUUAUUGCAAGUUUUGAUGGUGCUGUGUUGAGUAUUAGAGCCAUUCGGAAUAUUGAAGCUGGAGAGGAGAUGCUACAUUGUUAUGGUCCUCAUGCCAAACACAUGAGCAAGGAAGACCGACAGAGAGCUCUGCAGGAGCAAUACUUUUUCACCUGCUCAUGUGAUGCAUGUAAAUUAGCAACAGGUGACGAAAUGGAGACUUGUGAUUGGUCCAACGCGUAUAAGUGUUUCAAGUGUUCCCAGCCUCUGAUGAUAAAGAAAGGACACAAGAAAGUCGGUUUGUGUUUCAACCAGAAAUGCAAAAAUACACAGAACUUAGCAAAGUUGUCCAAGGAGAAGGAAAGAGCAUCCAAUUUGUUUAAACUCUCUCAACAUUUUAUGGAAUGCAAACAUAUCGAAGAGUGCCUUGGAAUUCUGCAUCAAUGUUACAACAUCCAACGAGAGAUUUUAUAUCAACACCACAAAGCCCUGGCUGAGUCUCAAGAUUGCUUGGCCAAAUGCUACGCUCAGAUAGGAGAUUUCAAGCAGUCAGGGAAGUUUCUGAAGCUGAGUGUAGCUACAGUUGAGAAGCAGUUUGGAUCAGACAGCAUUGAGCUCGCCAAUGAACUGCAGAAACUCUCACAGGUUUUAUUCAAUGCAGGUGAGGUACAAGACACGCUAUCUGUGAUUGAUCCAGCCAUCAAGCUACUGACCUUACACUAUGGAGCCAACCAUCACGACGUUCAGGAAUUAACACAAAUGAGAUCGUGUUUAAUCUCACUGUAGUUCAAGUUCAAGUCUUGAGUCACUUAGUUGGAGUGAGUCUGAGUCUGAGUCACUUUGGCCGAGUCCAAGUCAAAGUCACAAGUUGCUUGGUGGGACUCCAAGCCUCAUCACUUGGGUAGAGUCCGAGUCUCAAGACACUUCCAAGUCUUGAGUCACUUAGUUGGAGUCACUUUGGCUGAGUCAAAGUCAAAAUCACGAGCUGCUUGUUGCAACUCCGAGCCUCAGUCUAAAGUAAAGUCACUUGGGUUGAGUCAAAGUCCGAGUCUCAAGUCACUCAAACCAAGUUCAAUUCUUGAGACACUUAGUUAGAGUCACAGUCACUUUGGCUGAAUCAAGUCGUUAUGAGUGAGUUGAGUGCAAGCUCGAGUCUCUAGUCACAUGAAUCUGCAUUUUAGUCACAAGUCAUGAGUCACUUGUCACCAGAAAAACAAUGAAACUGUACAUCGCUAGGAUGAAACACUUCUAAUUAAUAACCAAUGAAUGAGAAAUGACACAAACAAAACUUCACAUUUGAUUUUAAUUCUGUAACCUAAAUGUUAUGCAUGUUUGCUGCAGUAGAUUUGUCCUUGCCCUGAUUACGAUAAAAAGGGAAUUAUCUGUUUAUCUAUUUAAUAGAAGUUUGGUCAAAGGUACUUGUGGGAGAAAAGUGCAGCCAGACUCGUUUUCAGGUAUAAGGGCUGAAUGAAUAUGAAGUUUGUUUAGUCACCAAUUAUCCUAGGAAACUGUCCAUCUGACAUAUUGUAAAUUUCCAGAAGAUUUCUGUCCAUUUCACUGCUUCUGUUACACUAGAGGAAAAUGAAAUGUAGCAUUUUAAUGAAAAACUAGGUAUAAAUAAAUAUCGUUGCAUUAACUAGUUCACCAGAUGCACUAGUAGGCCUAUACCUGUUUAUCUGUGUCAUGUUUUCAUUUUGCCUUCAUGAAAGACUCUGCUAAGGUUGAAAAGUUAUUCCAUUAACUUUCUUUUGCAUUAAUACCAAAAGUCCUUUUGGGUGGUAAAACUGUUUCAACAUCUAUUUUUUUUUCUUUCAAGAAGUUUGUGUGUUAAAUUCAAUCUUACAACGGCUGCACUGAAAGUAAAGUAAUACGCAUCAUACUUUUAUACAUUGUUACUCAAACAUUUUUAGCACCACUUUCUACCCAUUUUGUAUGCUGUUUCGUAAUGAUGUCUUAUUACACAAUGCAGAUGAUAUUAAUACACUGUUUUUUCAAAAUCAUGUUUUGCGAUCUUUUUAUAUACAAAUUGGAUAAUCACUGUUAAUAUGUAACCACUGCCAAUGUAACCACAUACCACUAGUUUCAGGAGCAGGCCAGUGUGCUUUGUUUUUGAAAGGGCAAGGGCGCCCUAUGAGGAAAUUGUACAUUUCUACUGGAGCAUUUCAAGGGCUAG